UGAACUCCCGCGCAGUGCAAGUCGACGCGCGGCCGCGAGCACCAGUGAGCAUUCCGACAUUUCCGACUCGUGCGCAUAUUGUAGUGCUGUUGUUCCACCAGUGAAGUGACCCGACACCAUGAGACUAGUGCCGGCUUUCUUGCUCGUCGCGCUAUUUGCAAUAGCGACAGCACAGGACCCCACAACAGACGCUAUAAAUGACAACAUAAUCGGAAUAAAACCAUCCGUGCGCCUCGACCCCUACAUCAGAAAAGCUUUGCUUAAAGCUCUCACCGAAUUAGAAGAGAACAAUAAUGUCACCACCGACGUCGAUGAUAUCACAACGGAUGACUCUACCGACGGUACUUCUACUUCUGAAUCGGAAUUAUUACAAACUGGAGACGUUACGGAAAAUUCACCUACUCAAAAUCCAGAAAAUAUACAAAUACAUUCCUUCAUAGUCAACGGACAAUCGGCGUUUGCAAAUAGCACAAAUGUAACACCUACUUUUAUAGACCACAACUUUUCAAUUUUAAGGACGACCGCAGGAAACGUCGAAAAUCAAGUGACCGCUACACUUCCGACCCAAUCGCCACAAAAUGAAAUAUUCCAAACAAGAGAAUCAGGCUUAAGCUUGCAGCACGUUAGAAGUGUACAAGAAACGUCGACAUCAGAAAAUACAAUUACUAGUACCAGCACAUUAAACUCUAGACCCACGACCCCAACAACGACAACGACGACGACAACAACGACAACCACAACCACGACACCCAAACCCACGCACAACCAGGACGGAGAGAACAUUGAAGACGUCAACAAACGGGACGUCCAAGUUUUCCAAGCACCCUUAGUUGCGGCCUUUACAGUUCAUCAAGAUGCUCAAGGAUUACCUAAAAAAGUUGUACCUAUUUUCCAGCAACAAAAUAUCGGUAACAACGUUACGCCACUAGCGAGCACCACACUCACCACGGGCAUCCCGGAGCCGCAAAUUGUUCCGCAACCGACACCCAACCAAAUAGAUCCAAACUUUUACAUAAACCAACAACUGGCAUUACAAAGACAGCUUGAAGAAAAACAGCAAAUCCUCGAAGAACAGUUGCGUCAGUUACAAAUCCAACAAAGACAACAGGAGGAAGCGCUGAGAAAGCAGCAGUUCCUUUUCAAGCAAAAGCAGCAAUUGCAACAGGCACAAAGUCAGCAGCAAAUUGUACUAGAACAGCAACGCAUUCAAGCUGUCAACCCUGAGAUUAACUUCCAUCAAGGAUUGCCUAAACCAAAUCCACCGAACCAGUUCUUCAAUCAGAACCAGGGUCUCCGACCACAGAGUUCUCAAGUGUCGAUCCAAGCCAGCGUGCCGUUAGAACAGGUGAACAACGUAAAUCUCCAGCAGCAGUUGCCGAACAGGGAAGCUGUCGACUUUCUUUUACAUUUACGUAACAAUCAACCUGAACAGUUUCCGCUACAGGAAAACCAUGUCCCAAUCGGAAUAACCAACUUUUUACAGCCUAAUUUCCAGCAAGGCAACAAUUUCAAUCAAAUCAGGCCCGAUGACCAAUUUAGACAAAAAGGAAACCGAGUAUUUCGCCAGGAAAGUGGUGUAGGCAACUUCGGCAUUAAUAACUUUCAACAGCAGCAACAGUUUAAUAGAUUCAACUCGUUUAACUUUGCUCCUAAUAACCGUUUUGUGCCACUUACGAGGCAAAAUCAAUUUAACCCACACGAUAUUGAACUGAAACAACUUCUAUUUCAAACUGGUCUGAAUGCCAGAAGUCCUGAAGAUUUGAAUAUCGUGUCUAAAGUUUUAUCACUCAAUCACGGAGUCCCAAUCAACAAUAAUGUUUCAAACAGGCUCUCUUUUGAUAGUAGAAGGCAAGUGAGAGCGUAACUUGAAUUUAUCUUAAUAUGUUUUAGACACUCUUAUGCGCUUAAGCCUUGAACUGCGCAAGAAAUAGUUCAUCUGGUCAGUGACUGCGUAAGGUGCU